AUGUUCAACUUCUUUUUGAGGCAGGUUUGGACGCUCACCGUCAAGAAUCUGCUUAUCACCUUCGUGCGCCCCAGUGCAACAACCACCCUUAGGGCUUUGGUUUUGCCUGUCGUCUUUAUUGCUAUCAUUUCUUAUGCGCGAAACUUCUUUGUUCCUCCGUCUAUCUAUGGAAUCGGCGACCCAACGCCGGUGCGGUCUCUGACCAGCGCCUUGGAAUCAGUUAGUGGAGGAAGAGACAAAUUGGUCUUUGUCGAUAAUGGAUUUACUGGUGGCGACAUCCAGCGGGUUAUAGAUCAAGUCGCAGAGCCUGCCCGACAAAAUGGAGACCAAGUUGUGGCCUUAACUUCCGAGAGUGAUCUCAGAGAGACCUGUCGGACCACGCUCAGGGGUACAUCCUCAUGUAUAGCUGCAGCUGUCUUCUACUCGUCACCUAAUGAAGGUCCAGGCGGGACAUGGAAUUACUCGAUUCGAGCUGAUGGCUCAUUGGGUGAUCGCAUCAAUACCGAAAAGAACACCAAUGCCCAGGAAAUCUACCUUCUCCCUCUUCAGCACUCUAUCGAUCGCGCCAUCAUCCAAAGCGACAGUUCUGUGGAUAGUAACGGUAUUCCUGACGAGGUCAUGGAAUAUCCUUACACCUCACUGACCCAAAAGCAACGACAAGAUCAGAUCCGGGUGCGCUAUAUGAGCGCGAUUAUCAACAUCAUCAGUAUUGCGCUGUUCAUCGGAAUGGUUGGUGUUACAUAUCAGCUCACGGGUUUAAUUGCCAUGGAACGAGAACUUGGCAUGAGCCAAUUGAUUGAUUGCAUGCUGCCUGGUUCCUCCCAAUGGAAAGCCCAAGCAGCUCGAUUCAUCGCAGCUCAUAUUGCUUUAGACCUCAUCUACGGACCCGGCUGGAUCAUCACCGGUAUCAUCUUGAAGUACGGCGUCUUCAGCAAAACAUCGGCCGGAAUCACCGUCGUCAAUCACCUCCUUACCGGACUGGCAUUGUCUUCAUUCUCGAUUUUCGGUGCUUCUUUCUUCAGAAAAGCACAAUUGAGCGGUAUAUCCGUGGUGAUAGCCAAUCUAUUGCUCGGAGUUGUGGCGCAAGUCGCUGGCAUCAAGACUAACGGUGCAGUCAUCGUUCUCGGUCUUCUGUUUCCGUCCAUGAACUAUGUGUUCCUUUCGGUGUUUAUGGCUCGGUGGGAGAGACAGAAUCAACCAACGAAUCUGAUUCAUGCGGCUCCCGAUAAUCCUUGGACAAUCCCAGGUAUCGCACUUUGGGUACUUCUGAUCGUACAGAUUGUUAUCUAUCCCAUUCUCGCCGCGUUGGUGGAGCGUAUGCUCUAUGGAACCGCUUCAUCUGGCCGUGAAGCCACAGCACUUGGAAAUGCCUCUGCCCUUACCAUCAAUGGUUUCUCGAAAGAAUACAAACCAGGCUGGUUCCACAAGAAUAUUGGGAAACGCUUCGGUUCCAAGAGACAGAGUGUUUUUGCGGUCAAUAAUCUCAGCUUGGAUGUUGUCAAGGGUGAGAUAAUGGUUCUCCUUGGAGCCAAUGGCUCUGGAAAGUCCACCACGCUCGAUGCUAUAUCAGGUCUCACCAAGAUCUCAUCCGGAGAAAUCAAGAUUGAUUAUGGCAACAACGAAGGCGGCUUUGGAUUAUGUCCCCAGAAGAAUGUUCUUUGGCAUAAUUUGACUGUCAAAGAGCACGUCAAGAUCUUCAAUGGUCUGAAGACCGCUCAGAAACGUGAUAGCCAGGAUAAUCUGAUGGAACUCAUUGCCGACUGUGAUUUGCAAACCAAGCCAAAUGCACAAUCAAGGACACUUUCCGGUGGCCAAAAACGGAAGCUUCAAUUGGCCAUGAUGUUUACGGGUGGCUCAAGUGUUUGCUGUGUUGAUGAGGUCUCCUCUGGUCUCGAUCCAAUCUCGCGAAGGAAGAUCUGGGAUAUCUUGCUAGCCGAAAGAGGUCGCAGGACUAUUCUGUUCACCACUCACUUCCUGGACGAAGCAGAGCUUCUGGCAGAUCAUAUCGCAAUCUUAUCAAAAGGUUCGCUGGAGGCCCAAGGGUCCACAGUCGAGCUCAAGCACCGUUUGGGAUCCGGAUAUCGAGUCCAUGUUCAUCAUCCCCCGGGAUCUACUUCCACAAUCGACCUGCAGCUUGAAGAGCUUGAAGGAACUACCAAAGAACCCCAAUUUGAUGAAACGGUGUAUACUGUACAAGACUCAGCUCUCGUGUCCAGAAUUGUUGCCGUUCUUGAAAAAAAAAAGAUCACUGAAUACCGCAUCAGUGGACCGACGAUUGAAGAUGUGUUCCUCAAAGUUGCCCAAGAACUAUCCCAAGACUCUAAGCAACCUGAAAAGGUCGAUGUUGUUAAAGGAAAAUCGGAUUCCGAAGGCUUAACAGAGGACAACGAAAAUGGCACCCCAGAACUCUUGACAGGAAAGCGCAUUGGCAUGGUGCGCCAAACAUGGUUUUUGUAUGUUAAGCGUCUGACAAUUCUUCGCCGCAACUACAUUCCAUACCUCGCCGCCUUUUUGAUUCCGGUGAUUGCUGCAGGUCUCGUUACCCUGUUCCUCAAGGAUGCAACCGCGCCCAAAUGCUCUGGGGAUAGUCUUUUCAUGAGCCCAGACCCGAAAUCAUUGAGCUCAUACAAAGACAUUGACUUAGUGGUUGGUCCACAGAGUCAAUUCUCAUCUUCUCUAGGCAGCUACAUCAAUUCCUUGUCUGGUGCAGCAAGCUCGGAAAGCCGGAAUUUGACCAGUUAUUUCAACUUCGUCGACAAUUACCCAGAUUUCACGCGAUACAUUGAAACUCACCAAGCAAAUGUCACACCCGGUGGAAUCUGGCUUGGAGACUCAUCCUCCAAACCAACCUUCGCAUGGAAGGGUAACAACAAUAACUUCCUGCUCGCGGCACUCACGCAGAAUGCUAUGAACAACCUCUUGUCAAAUACCUCAAUUAGUUUCCAAUACCAGUCCUUCGACAUUCCAUGGCAAUCUGACGUGGGAAAAAUGCUUCAGCUGCUGGUUUACUUCGGUCUAGCCUCGGCUGUGUACCCUGCUCUUUUCGCACUCUAUCCAACAAUUGAACGUUUGCGAAAUGUGCGUGCUUUGCACUAUAGCAACGGUGUCCGGCCGCUUCCCCUGUGGCUUGCAUACCUUUCCUUCGACUUCUGCGUUGUUCUCUUAGCAAGUGUUCUGGGGAUCAUCAUCUUCCGAGCCGCGUCGGAUGUUUGGUACCAUGCUGAAUAUCUCUUCGUGGUAUUCUUUCUCUAUGGUCUCUGUUCGACUUUCUUGUCGUAUUUAGUCUCUCUCGUUGCCAAAUCCCAACUUGCGGCCUUUGCUUUUGCUGCUGGCAUGCAGUGCGUCUUCUUUCUCAUUUAUUUCAUCGGCUACAUGUCUGUCCUCACAUACGCGCCGACUGCCAAGAUCGACUCUUACCUCUCCAUUGUGCACUUCACCUUGUCAAUUAUCAUGCCGAUCGGCAGUCUUUCGCGGGCUAUGUUUGCUGCGCUGAACAUCUUCUCGAUCUUGUGCAGAGGACAGGAGCUCGCUUCCUAUCCUGGUGAUAUCACUGUAUACGGCGGUCCUAUUCUAUACUUGAUUGUUCAAUCACUCAUCCUGUUCGGUCUGCUUCUAUGGUUUGAUGGAGGUGGCAAUGCAGUGUUGGCUUUCAGAUCAAAGCCGAAGCCGGAAGACGUCGAAGAAAAGGAAAUGGACGAAGACGUGGCCAACGAGUUAUCCAGAGUUACAGAUUCUCAAGACGGUCUUCGUGUGUUACAUCUAACAAAGUCUUUCAAAAAGUUCGUGGCAGUUGAAGAUGUCACAUUUGGAGUCGGCAGAGGCGAAGUCUUCGCUCUCCUCGGUCCAAACGGUGCCGGAAAGACAACAACAAUCAGUCUCAUUCGCGGUGACAUCCAGCCCUCCGAACGAGGAGGCGACAUCUUUGUCGAAAACGUCUCCGUAACAAAAAACCGUGCCAUCGCCCGCUCCAGCCUAGGCGUCUGUCCUCAGUUCGACGCAAUGGACCAAAUGACCGUCAUUGAGCACCUCAGGUUCUACGCUCAAAUCCGCGGCAUUUCGGAUGUCGAUCACAACGUCAGACAGGUGAUCCGAGCCGUAGGACUUACACCAUUCCAGCAUCGUAUGGCGAUGAAACUCUCCGGCGGUAACAAGCGCAAGCUAUCCCUUGGAAUAGCACUCAUGGGCAAUCCGGCCGUUCUCCUGCUCGACGAACCAUCUUCUGGCAUGGAUGCCGCCUCGAAACGGGUCAUGUGGAAGACCCUAGCGGCCGUUGCACCAGGUCGCUCAAUCGUCCUGACCACGCAUUCCAUGGAAGAAGCAGAUGCCCUUGCAAGCCGCGCCGGUAUCAUGGCGAAGCGUAUGCUCGCCCUUGGUACAACAGACUAUCUCCGCUCCAAGUAUGGAAAUAUGUAUCAUGUUCACCUUGUUCACUCUCAAGCCCCCCAUACAUCUGAUGAUGAUAUGGAGCGCAUGCGUACAUGGGUGUAUGACACUUUCCCCGGUGCUGUUGUUGAGCAAAAGACUUAUCAUGGUCAGCUUCGUUUCAGUGUACCCACUGAAUCACCAUCUGAUUUUCCGGCAAAGGAUGGAGUCGAGUCUAUCGUCGAAGAUGAGAUCCAUGUUGAUCUUGGACGUGAUGGUCAGAAGGUUCAGUCUUCGACUCUGACAACGAGAGGAAGCAGUGGUAUUGGUAAUUUGUUCUCGUGUCUAGAGGCGAACAAGGAGUUACUCGGUGUUCAGUACUAUUCUGUCAGUCAGACUAGUCUCGAUCAGGUUUUCCUUACGAUUGUUGGGAAGCAUAAUAUCGAGGAGGAGAAUUCGGGAAGCAAGUAG